UGGCGGCGGCGGCGGUGGCGGUGCUGGUGGCUCUCAGCGGCCGGAGCCGGAUUCUGUAACCCGGGUGUGGGCCCGCGUCAGUCCGUCCCUUCUUCGGCCCCCUCUCUCGUCUUCCGGAGUGUGGUUGGCGGAGCCGGGAUGGCGGAGCGAGGCCUGGAGCCCUCGCCGGCGGCAGUGGCUGCGCUGCCUCCUGAAGUGCGGGCGCAGCUGGCGGAACUGGAGCUGGAGCUCUCAGAGGGGGACAUCACACAGAAGGGAUAUGAAAAGAAGAGGUCCAAACUCCUGUCUCCUUACAGCCCACAGACACAAGAAACUGAUUCAGCAGGACAGAAGGAACAUAGAAACCAGACUCCUGCUCCAGCUGCAACUCAAACUUCUGCUCCCUCUAAGUACCACCGAUCUAGGUCUGGAGGAGCCAGGGAUGAGCGAUACAGAUCAGAUAUCCACACAGAAGCAGUUCAAGCUGCACUGGCAAAACAUAAGGAACAAAAAAUGGCUUUGCCCAUGCCCACCAAAAGGCGGUCCACAUUUGUCCAGUCUCCUGCAGAUGCUUGUACGCCUCCUGACACGUCUUCGGCCUCUGAGGAUGAGGGCUCUCUGAGACGCCAAGCUGCGCUCUCUGCUGCCUUGCAACAGAGCUUACAGAAUGCUGAGUCCUGGAUCAACCGUUCAAUUCAGGGAUCGUCCACUUCUUCAUCCGCAUCUUCUACGCUGUCCCAUGGAGAGGUCAAAGGAACCAGUGGGUCUCUAGCUGAUGUAUUUGCCAAUACCCGAAUAGAGAAUUUCUCUGCGCCCCCAGAUGUCACURCAACUACCUCUUCUUCCUCAUCAUCAUCCUCAGUACGCCCAGCAAAUAUUGAUCUGCCCCCCUCGGGGAUAGUAAAAGGCAUGCACAAAGGAUCCAACAGGUCCAGCCUUAUGGAUACAGCUGAUGGUGUCCCUGUCAAUAGCAGAGUAUCCACAAAAAUCCAGCAGCUUCUUAACACUCUGAAACGACCCAAAAGGCCUCCCUUGAAGGAAUUUUUUGUAGAUGACUCUGAAGAAAUUGUGGAAGUACCUCAGCCAGACCCUAACCAGCCCAAGCCUGAGGGGCGGCAGAUGACGCCUGUGAAGGGAGAACCCCUAGGAGUCAUCUGUAACUGGCCACCUGCGCUGGAAUCUGCCCUGCAGCGAUGGGGUUCCACCCAAGCCAAGUGCCCCUGUCUGACUGCACUAGAUGUGACAGGGAAACCAGUUUACACACUUACAUAUGGAAAGUUGUGGAGCAGAAGUUUGAAGUUGGCCUACACACUGCUUAAUAAACUGGGUACCAAAAAUGAACCCGUGUUAAAACCUGGAGACAGGGUAGCCCUGGUUUACCCCAAUAAUGAUCCAGUCAUGUUUAUGGUAGCUUUUUAUGGAUGUCUCCUGGCAGAAGUGAUUCCAGUGCCAAUAGAGGUACCUCUUACCAGAAAGGAUGCCGGAGGUCAGCAGAUUGGCUUCUUGCUAGGAAGCUGUGGUAUUGCCUUAGCUCUAACCAGUGAAGUUUGCCUAAAGGGACUGCCAAAAACACAGAAUGGAGAAAUUGUACAGUUUAAAGGUUGGCCCCGGCUCAAGUGGGUUGUAACAGACUCCAAGUACCUUUCAAAGCCACCUAAAGACUGGCAGCCCCACAUCUCUCCUGCUGGUACAGAACCUGCAUACAUUGAGUAUAAAACAAGCAAAGAAGGAAGUGUAAUGGGAGUUACAGUGUCCCGGCUUGCAAUGUUGUCUCACUGCCAAGCUCUGUCACAGGCCUGCAAUUAUUCUGAAGGAGAAACAGUAGUUAAUGUUUUAGACUUCAAGAAGGAUGCUGGGCUGUGGCAUGGCAUGUUUGCGAAUGUAAUGAAUAAGAUGCAUACAAUUAGUGUACCCUACUCUGUUAUGAAGACCUGUCCUCUGUCUUGGGUCCAGAGAGUCCAUGCCCACAAAGCCAAAGUAGCUUUAGUAAAAUGUCGAGACUUGCACUGGGCUAUGAUGGCACAUCGGGACCAAAGGGAUGUAAGCCUGAGUUCUCUCCGAAUGUUAAUUGUAACUGAUGGAGCUAAUCCCUGGUCUGUGUCAUCCUGUGAUGCCUUUCUGAGUCUGUUCCAAAGCCAUGGACUGAAACCUGAGGCCAUCUGUCCAUGUGCUACAUCUGCCGAAGCCAUGACUGUAGCAAUCCGCAGGCCCGGAGUUCCAGGAGCUCCUUUGCCAGGAAGAGCCAUUCUCUCAAUGAAUGGGUUGAGCUAUGGGGUAAUACGGGUCAAUACUGAAGAUAAAAAUUCAGCACUGACAGUCCAGGAUGUGGGGCAUGUAAUGCCUGGCGGGAUGAUGUGCAUUGUGAAGCCAGAUGGACCUCCCCAGCUGUGCAAAACAGAUGAAAUUGGAGAAAUCUGUGUUAGCUCCAGAACUGGAGGCAUGAUGUACUUUGGCCUUGCUGGUGUGACCAAAAAUACAUUUGAGGUGAUUCCAGUGAAUUCUGCAGGCUCUCCUGUUGGAGAUGUACCAUUCAUCCGGUCAGGAUUGCUAGGAUUUGUAGGGCCAGGUAGCUUGGUGUUUGUGGUUGGAAAAAUGGACGGAUUACUGAUGGUUAGUGGUCGAAGACAUAAUGCUGAUGACAUUGUUGCUACUGGAUUGGCUGUUGAGUCCAUAAAGACUGUUUAUAGAGGAAGGCACACUGGCCUUCUUGCUGUUCCUCAAACCUGCCAAGUUCGUCCCUACCUCAGAACUUUUUCGCUUUCCGUUCCUUCUGCCUGGAAUCCUCUUCCUCCAGAUCUUCGUGUGGCUCGCGUCCUCACCUCAUUCAGAAUUGCUGUGUUUUCUGUGUCUGUAUUUUAUGACGAGCGCAUUGUGGUGGUUGCGGAACAAAGACCUGAUGCCUCUGAAGAAGACAGCUUCCAGUGGAUGAGCCGGGUGCUGCAGGCAAUUGAUAGCAUUCAUCAAGUGGGAGUUUAUUGUCUUGCUCUGGUGCCUGCCAAUACAUUGCCAAAAACUCCACUAGGAGGGAUUCAUAUAUCUCAGACGAAACAGCUUUUUCUGGAAGGAUCUUUACAUCCUUGCAAUAUCCUCAUGUGCCCACAUACCUGUGUGACGAAUUUGCCAAAACCUCGGCAAAAGCAACCAGGUGUAGGCCCUGCUUCUGUGAUGGUUGGGAAUCUGGUUGCUGGAAAACGCAUAGCACAAGCUGCAGGAAGGGAUCUGGGGCAAAUUGAAGAGAAUGAUUUAGUGAGGAAGCACCAGUUUCUGGCAGAGAUUUUGCAGUGGCGAGCCCAGGCAACUCCUGAUCAUAUACUCUUCAUGCUGCUAAAUGCCAAGGGAACUACUGUAUGCACAGCCAGCUGCCUUCAGCUUCAUAAACGAGCAGAGAGGAUUGCAUCAGUUCUUGGUGACAAAGGACAUCUAAAUGCAGGAGAUAACGUUGUGUUACUCUACCCACCUGGCAUCGAGUUAAUUGCUGCAUUCUAUGGGUGUCUGUAUGCAGGGUGUAUACCUGUGACUGUCCGACCCCCUCAUGCUCAGAACCUUACUGCAACAUUGCCCACUGUUCGCAUGAUUGUUGAUGUCAGCAAAGCAGCAUGUAUUCUCACCACUCAAACCCUAAUGAGGUUACUAAGGUCCCGAGAAGCAGCAGCAGCUGUGGAUGUGAAAACCUGGCCAGCCAUCAUUGACACAGAUGAUUUACCCAGGAAAAGGUUACCUCAGCUGUAUAAACCACCUACACCUGAGAUGUUGGCAUAUCUUGAUUUUAGUGUCUCCACAACUGGCAUGCUUACAGGAGUGAAGAUGUCCCACUCUGCAGUUAAUGCUCUUUGUAGAGCCAUCAAGCUCCAGUGUGAGUUGUAUUCUUCUCGGCAGAUCGCCAUCUGCCUUGACCCUUACUGUGGACUUGGCUUUGCACUCUGGUGUCUCUGCAGUGUCUAUUCAGGUCACCAAUCCAUCUUAAUUCCUCCUAUGGAGUUAGAAAAUAACCUUUUUCUCUGGCUCACUACUGUCAACCAAUACAAAAUAAGGGACACUUUCUGCUCCUACUCAGUAAUGGAGCUUUGCACUAAAGGAUUGGGAAACCAAGUGGAGGUGCUAAAGACAAGGGGGAUUAACCUCUCCUGCAUCCGGACCUGUGUGGUGGUGGCAGAGGAGCGCCCCCGCAUUGCCCUCCAGCAGUCCUUCUCCAAGCUCUUUAAAGACAUUGGUCUGUCCCCUCGAGCCGUCAGUACCACUUUUGGAUCAAGAGUCAAUGUAGCAAUAUGUUUACAGGGAACCUCAGGGCCUGAUCCAACUACUGUAUAUGUAGAUCUGAAAUCGUUAAGACAUGACAGGGUUCGUCUUGUGGAACGGGGUGCUCCCCAGAGUCUGCUGCUCUCAGAGUCUGGAAAGAUUUUACCUGGAGUGAAAGUGGUUAUUGUUAAUCCUGAGACCAAAGGGCCUGUUGGAGACUCUCACCUGGGUGAGAUCUGGGUGAAUAGUCCCCAUACAGCUAGUGGCUACUACACCAUCUAUGAUAGUGAGACUCUUCAAGCUGAUCAUUUCAACACUCGCCUCAGCUUUGGGGAUGCUGCUCAGACACUCUGGGCUCGGACAGGAUACCUUGGGUUUGUCCGCAGAACUGAGCUCACAGCAGCCACUGGAGAGCGUCAUGACGCAUUAUAUGUGGUGGGAGCUUUGGAUGAAACACUGGAGCUGCGAGGAUUACGAUACCACCCAAUUGAUAUUGAGACCUCAGUGUCUCGAGUCCACAGGAGCAUUGCUGAAUGUGCUGUGUUCACGUGGACCAACUUGCUUGUGGUGGUUGUGGAACUGUGCGGCUCUGAACAGGAAGCUCUAGAUCUGGUUCCUUUAGUGACCAAUGUGGUCCUAGAAGAGCAUUACCUCAUCGUUGGUGUUGUGGUUGUGGUGGACCCAGGUGUCAUCCCAAUCAACUCCAGAGGAGAGAAGCAGAGGAUGCACCUCCGUGACAGCUUCCUGGCUGACCAGUUAGACCCCAUCUAUGUGGCUUACAACAUGUAGCUAUCCUUCUAGGGGCUGCCAAGGCCAUCCCAAGAAUCAGAAAGACUGAAGACCCAUGGCUAGGAGCUACUUUCUAAAUGAUGUGAAAUAAGCUGAGAUGCCUGCAUUAUAUCCUUCAUCUCAUCCUGUGGAAUUCUGCAAUCAUACAAUACACAGGAAAGGGGAAUUCUCUGGUGGCAAAUGAAAAAAAUGUUAACAGUCUAUUAGACCUUAGCUUUGACCAGCGUGAACAACACGUAACUAAAGCAAUUAUUUGCAUGUUGCAUUUUUUCAUCUGUUGUACAUAUUUUCGUAUUUUUACCUAAUGCCAUUUUAGAAUUUUUUUAAGGGAGUUUAAUGAAUUCACAUGAAGGGGUAGUCUGAAUUAUACAGCUACCCGCUCUGUACUGUAUUUUGCUAUUUUCCCUUAGCUAGAUAUUUUGUGGGUUUUAUUAACAUAAAAUUACUCAGCUUAACUUUCAGUCAGCUCAUAAGCAAAUCAGUUAACCCACAGAAUAUGAGAAUUACUUAUAUAUAUACAUAUAUAUGUAAUUCUUCACUGUAAAACAUUUUGAUCAGUGUUUUAAACAUGUAAAUAAGAAUACUUAUAAUUCAGCUGAACAAUUGAAAAAUUGACACAUAUAAUUACAGCAACCAAAGUAGAAACAUUUCUACUUUGAGAGAAUUCCAAUAUUCUCUUGAUGUAGUGAUAUUGAUUAGGUGACUAAAAAGUGCAAAUUGCAAGUUUUGCUGCACAUUGUUCUGUCUUUGUUGGCUGGUGUAUUUUAUAAACUAAAUCUGCCUAUGUUUGUUUUUAAAGCUUGCAUUCCCAAUGUCAGCUUAAGCUUCUAAGGAUUCAGUCUGUAUGAGCUGAAAAUCUCCAUUUAAAUCGAAAUUUAAGAAAAAGCAAGAAUAUAUCAGAUCCUACCUAUUCAAAGGAACCACAGUAAUUGAUUCUGGCCCUGGUGUUGGAACUAUCUUUCACAGUGAGUGACUACAGAAUUUAGAAUAUCCUCUUUUUCUAGGCCCUUUAAUCUGCCUACAGUUCAUACAUAGAGCUUUUGCUUUCUGAAAAUUGAGGAUUGCUCUCUGUCCUUUCAGUUCAUAAGGGAAAAGCAUUUAAAACCAAGAAUAAUAGACUGGGAGGGCAGUAGGAUCAGUGAUCACAUGGAACCGUGAGGCCACGUUACUGCACAUCUCAAAACUGACCAGAUUGCUUUGCCAGAAUAGCCAGGCUUAUGCUGAAAUAGGGGAAGUCUGAUGUAUGCAGGAAACUCUUAUGAAAUAACUGUUGUCCAGGCCAAGCAGACUGAGUGUGAAACUGAGUUUGGCCUCUGGCUCAGUUUCCUUACUUUGGUCUGAUAGUUCAUGUAUUUGAAUAUAGUUAAAUUUUAUUAUUUUUUUCUUACAGAAAUAUUUUUUAAAAUUAACCUCAAAAGUGAAAAGAAUUAACUUGUUAAAUCAGAACGGUUCUCUUUGAACCAUUCUGGUCUAUUGUGUAAAUAUUUAUUUAGACUAUUUUAAUAAUACAUAUUAUUUACCCCACUGUAACAUCAUGUAAACUAAAUGUGUUUUUAAACAAUUUGUAAGACUUGUAAUUACCCUGAAAAUAAGGUUUAUAAAGCAAAGACCAGACCCUUCACUAGGGCAGCACUCCCAGGCUGCCUUUACGUCUCAUGACUCAAAGCCACUUUAUGAUGGACUCCCGUUUACACAGUUAUUUUUCUCCCAGCUCAUUCUCCAUAGAGGGAAAACCUCAAGAUACUUUCCAGUUCAGAUCUCUCUUUCAGUGUUUCAGAGGGAAUUAAUUUACAUGGGGGAGGUUCUAGCAUGUACAGAAAAGAAGCAUUUCCACUGGGGCAAAUGCAAAAUCCCAGCGUCUAGCAAUGGUUUGGUUUGCAGAGAAAAUUACCUGCUUAUUUGAAAUGUAACAUUCUUAAAAUAAUUUUUAAUGACUAACAAAAGCAGGGGAGGCUGAGUAUUAAUUAGUUCUAUUCUCCACAAUCUCUCAAUUGUAAGAAGCUAUAAGCAGUCUCUUUCCUGCGGGUUGGUUUAUUAUUCUUACAAACAUGAAUAGGGUAUCAGCAUCUAGCCACACUGUCAACUAUAAAUGUAUUGUGAGCCACAUCUGUAAAUUUAUGAUUUUCUAGUCACCAUAUUUUAAAAAAUAGGUGAUAUUGAUUUUAAUAUAUUUAACCCAACAUAUCAAAAAUACUUUUUGAAUGUGAAACAGUAUGAAAAUUAUUAGAUGUUUUACUUUUUUCAUACUAAGUAUUUAAAAUCCAGCGUGUAUUAAACACAUCUCGAUUUGGACUAGUCAUAUUUCAAUGCUUCAGUAGCCAAAUGUUAGGCUAGUGGCUACUGUAUUGGGCAGCACAGACCUAUAUUUAUUCCUUCAAGUUCAGUAUUCCAUUCAUCUCAGAGUAUGGCCAACUCCCAUUCAUUUCAGGCUGAUAAUCUAGUUUUGUCAAUCCUCAAGCCUCCAUUUAUCUUUAUUUCUUUUCCUUGCUGAUGUGUAGCUGCUUUACUAAUUUCUUGCAUAUCCCCCAGAGUGGACUGUGCUAGUGGAAGAAAGAAAACUGAGAGCUGUCCUUGGGGAACCUCAUGACUAACUCUGGGAAAGUGUUCCUAGGAUGAAAAAAGAGUCCAAUCUUAGCCUCCAUGGUGUUUGUGGAGUCAUCUGCAGAUUUAAGGUCUAUCUUAAGGUUUAUUGCAGACUUGAGUUUAAUUUUUUUUUUUCUUGAUAACACAGUGCUCUUUUUCUUUCCACAUUAAGUGGAACUUUUGUGGUAGAACUGACUCUUAAAGCAUGCCUAAAAGGCCAUUACUGAUAAAAUAAACAACAACCCCCAACCUUCCCACAGCCUUUCCAGUCCUCAGAAACAUAUUCUGUCUGGGUUUUUAUGCUGUGGGGGUGGAGGCAACACUUAGCAGUAUACCCUCAUCUUAAGAGAAAUCUUUUGGUCUUAAAGUUUCAGAACCUCUUCCUGGUUCUCAGCAGAAGCAACUGAAAAGUUCUUAGAACUAGUGAUACAAGCUAUCUUGUGCAUCAGUGAGACCCUGGAAUGCCCAUCUCACUAAUUGGCAUCAGUGAACCCAUAUAGUCUUUUAAUUCUUGCUGCACAAGGGCCCAGUUCUCCCCAGUACACAGCUCUCUUUUCUCCUGCAGUUGUGUUGCCUGGGGCUGUUUAGGGACCAUUGCCUCAGUUGGUCUGGUGUGUCUCCUUUAGUCCCUGGGACAGUGUUGGCUUAAUGCUUUCCUUGAAUCAACAAAGGGCCUGAGGCCUUACAUUUGUGUUAAGGUCUCUCCCCAGGAACGGUGCUCAAUAUCUUGGCCAAAUAAAUUACUUUUCUUGAAUAUCCAGGAAUCCUUCAGACUAAAGCAAGAGGAGUUAUCACCUCACCCUCAAAACUCCAACAUGAUCUAUGCCUUAGUGUUAUUUUUGUUGUCUGCUUUGAUGUAAAAUCAGGAGUGUUUGGAGCAAGAAGCUGCAGUACUCCAAAUACACAAUAGGCCUUUUCUUUACCAUUCAUACCUUUCUGGUUUAGGUAUAUAUAUAUAGAUGGGCCAUGUUAUUUGUCCAGAGAAAGAGAUUGUAAAGAUAUAAGAAUAAUUUUUUAGUCCUAAAUGCUGUUCUGUUUACUUUCUGUCAAUAUAUUUACCUGUGUCAAAUUCAAACUAUAGUACUGUGUAAUUAUGUAUAAAAWUUUUUUUAUUUAUUUGAAAUUAGACUAGAUAUACAUUUUUAAAAUUUAACAUCUGG